AGCAGCUUCUUUCUGUUCAGUAAAGCAGCUGCAGCUAAAGGAUCUGAAUCUUCCUCCAGCAGACAUCACAAUCACCUCAGACAAACUUCAGACCUUGAAAAUAAAAACAGAAGGCAUCAGAAUGCUGUGUCGCAUCAGAAAUCUGUCCAUGUUCUUCGGCGGGCAAGACGAGCUCAAGAAAGAAGAACUGAUAAGGUCCACGCAGACCCUCCACCACUAUGUGCUCAAAUACUUCAACAUCACCAACAGACUGUUAGAGAUACUCAACACUCACCUGAAUCAAAGCCCUUCUCCUGCAGUCAAAGCAAAUGAAAGGGAAAGCAUUGAGGAAAACUUUGCCAGGGUAAGAGAUGUUAUGUUCCAGAUCCUGGACGUUUCUGAGAAGGAGAACAAACAUGUCCAAAAGGAGAAACCUGAUCUUUAUAACCAGAUUACUUUCUCUGGAAUGUCUCUGAAGGACAAGGCUGAGCUGAUAAAGGAUCUGCAUCAGAAGACCAUGGGACUCUUGGGGAACGUCUGCGGUCCUGUAGUCACCAUUCGACUGGCAAACAGUGUUCUGGGGAGUGUCAUGCCUCCAGUGAAACAGAACGAUCCUCAGCCUGUGCUGUCACUUGCUCUGGGAGAUCUAGUGCAGAGCAGCGCAAGAAUCACUGAGCUUCUGUGUGGAUCAGGAGAAAAGAGCCUGGAUGAAGCCGUACAGUUAGUGGAAGAAGCCCUGUCUGUUCUGAGGCCGCUCUGUGACUCCUACAAUGACAUUCUGAGUGAAGUGGAAGCCUAUGUCUCCAUCAUAUCUGAAAACAUGUAGAGCAGAAUUAUAAAAAAGAUUAGCCAAGACUCUGCCAUUGUCAUGUUACUUCUAGUUUGAAUGUAUUUACAUGAUAUUAUUUGAAUAAACAGAAAAGUGCACCUGUAAA